CCCUUAUAGUAAAAACAUUUUUCUAAAGACUCUUUGCGCAAUAUUAGUACAUUGCGACUUUUACCGACAGCUCCUUUCUUCUUACACACGUUGAAAGUACUAUACUACGCCUUUUAUAUUGAGCUUGCCCGGUCGUAAUUUUGCUAAUAGAAAAUACAAUGGCUCCUCAAAAGUUUGAUGAUUUGGGCAAAGAAGCACGAGAUCUUAUUCAGAAGAAUUUUCACUUUGGUGUUUUCAAACUUGAAGCCAAAACAAAGGCUAAAAAUGGGGUGGAAUUUACUGCGGAAGGGUCACAUACGACAGAUACUGGUAAUGUUGCUGGUUCCCUUGAAACCAAGUUUAAAUAUGCUGAUUAUGGGCUUACUUUUUCUGAAAAAUGGAGUACUGACAAUGUAAUAGCAACCACUAUUAGUAUUGAUAACAAAAUAGCACAAGGUGUCAAAGUAGACUUUGAUACCACAUUUGCUCCUGUAACUGGAAAGAAAUCAGCCAAAGUAAAAAGUGCAUAUGCUCAUGAGAAUUUGCAUGCCACUACUGAUAUAGAUUUUGAUUUUGCUGGUCCCACUGUUCAUGGUUCUGCAGUUUUUGCUUAUAAAGGAUUUCAUGCUGGUUAUCAAGCAUCUUUUAACUCUGCUAAUUCAAAAUUGACUUCGAACAAUGUUUGUUUAGCAUACAAAAAUGGUGAUUUGGUUAUUCAUUCAGGAGUAGCAGAUGCAAGCAAAUUUGUUGGUUCAGUGCAUCACCAAAUUAAUGAGCAAUUGGCAGCUGCUGCAUUAUUGAGAUGGACCUCUGGUCAAAAUGCCACAUCCUUUACCGUUGCGGCAAAAUAUGACAUUGACAAAGAUACUUUUUUAAAGACCAAAAUCAAUAAUGAUCUGCACUUAGGAUUAUCGUAUGUCCAGAAACUUCGACCUGGCGUUCAGCUUACCCUUUCUUCGCUUAUCAAUGCUAAAUCGUUUGAGCAAGGAGGUCACAAGCUUGGUCUCAGUCUAAAUUUUGAAGCUUAAAUUAGUUUUGGAUGCAAUUUAUCGUAAAAUCAUUCUUUUAUAGGUGUAAAACAAAUAGAUACUUUUGUUUGUCCUGUAUUUCAUGCUUUGUUUGCCGCAGGUCUAAAUUGUGACUGCUUUUAGGAAUGUAACUCGAUGUUUUUUAGCAAUCAUUAAAAAAUUUUUUUCUCA